GUCCUCAACCAGAACUUUCAAAGUGGCAUGAUCUCAAACAGUACUUCUCAGGCAGCUACAGCACAAACUAGUAUACCAUUCAAUUCCUUUAUAACCCCCAAUUUCACCAUUAACAAUGGUCUCAUGCUUCAGAGAAGCGGCGGUUUCAAAUUGACCAUGGGGGAGGACGGUCGUUUGGUACUACAACAUGACCCUACUUUGAAUCAAGAUAUCCAGUCCCAAAUAAUACUACAAAGUUUACUUGGUGGAUUAGUUCUGCAACCUUCAAUGGAUCAGCAAACGGUGCAACAAACAGUACAAACUAUCCAGCAACAAUCGGUACAGACUAUUCAACAGCAGACAGUGCAGAGUCAAACUAUUCAGACAGUUCAACAACAGACUGUGCAACCACAAACAGUCCAACAUACCAUCCAGUCACUACAACCACAGAUACAGCAGCAGACUGUACAGCAAACAAUUCAGCAUCAGACUGUUAAUGCUUUACAACAGCCAAUGCAAAUAGUACAACCUCAACCUAUUCAUAGCAUCCAUUCUCAAGUGCAACCGAUGCAUUCAAUUUCACAGUCACAAGUUCACAGCUUACAGUCCCAGAUACAAGGACAAAUACAAAGUUUGCUACAACAACAGAAUCAUGCUGUACAAACACAAACUGUGCAACAUUCUCACCUACAACCACAUAAUGUGCAUUCACAGUCUCUGCAGAGUGUUCAAAAUUUACAGAAUGUUCAGAGUAUUCAGCAAAAUGUCCAAGGAAUUCAGCAGAAUGUUCAAGGUAUGCAGCAGAAUGUACAGAGUGUCCAACAAAACGUGCAAAGUGUACAACAGAAUUUGCAAAGUGUACAGCAGAAUGUCCAAAGCUUACAACAAAAUGUGCAAAGUGUGCAACAAAAUGUACAAAAUCUGCAACAAAACAUGCAGAGUGUUCAACAAAAUGUUCAGAGUGGACAGCAACAGCCAAUUCAGUCCCCUCUACAUUCAGCUCAGCAUUUUAACACCAAUCAGUCGCAUACUCAGAAUCAACCUGUGUUAAAGGUUCAACCGUUUAUGAAAUCUCAACCACCUGUUCAAUCAGUGCAACCAAUUCAACAUCAUAAUAUAAGUCACCAGCACCAACAGUCACAGCAGCACCAGCAGCAACAUCAACAAUCAUCUAAUACUAAUGAAAAUCAGCAGACUCAAAACAACCCUCCCCCUACUUCUUAUGUUGUUAAUUUGACCCCAGAUCAGUUGGAACAAUUGAAACGAAAUGGACAGUUGACAGUUAAUGGACAAACAAUUUUCAUGCAACGCCCUAACAAAGAACAGAUUGAAAAAAAAUUGUCACCAAAAUGUAAGCCUGUGAAAAAAGUAAAUAAAAUCCAAAGUAUAAAAAGCAUUUUACAAGAUAAUGUGAAUGAUUCAGUCAAAACUAGCAAUAACACUGAACAUAUUAAAGAAAGUGUUGGUAAAUCUUUAGUUAGUGCCUUAAAUGCACCCCCAAAGCACAUACUACCUCAAAACCAUGUUCAACCCCAGCCUGUUGCACAAAAUAAGCCCUCACAUCCCCAAGCCAUGGUGCAGCCUCAAGCAAUGGUUCAACCUCAAGCAAUGGUACAACCAUCGGUGCAGAUUCAGCCUAAAGUCUUACCAGAACGUUCCAAACAAUUGCCAGUUUCUCCUCAAAUACCUAAGCAGCAGAAAGUUGCUCCCACAGUUAUAUCUCAGGACUCUAAUGGAAGCAAUACCAAUCCGGAAGUUGAUAAGCUUUUGGGUCAGAUUCUGGAAGAUACGAGCAGUGCUAGUCCUAGUGGUGGUAGAGUUACACCUAGUACUCCACAGCCUCAGCAAAGGAUAACUACCAUACAAUUGACCCCACAAAAACAGCAACUCCUUAAGAACAUUCAGAUCCAGAUCCAGACGUUAUCUGCCAGGAUCACACCGGGUGAUUCUGAAGUUCAAAACACUCUGAAGUUAUUGUUUGCAGAACAACAAAAGAUCUUAGCUUCUGGUAAACUUUUGCCACCAGAUAAAGUGUACUACCACAAUAAUCAACUCACCAUUGUGAAUCCGUCCACUUUGAACUUAUCACCUCCAGUCCAAGUGAAGAACGAGCCCUUGCAGAGUCCCAGUGCCGUAGCUGUUUUGAGCAAUAGUCAAAGUGUGGUGAGGACUACCAGUAUCGAAACUCAGUCUACUAAUACUAGUCAGCCUGUAACGACUCAAGCUCACACAGUACCGAGAAUAUCAGUGUCAGUACCUCCCAGUGAAACUAUUGCAACUCAAACAAUACAUCACCAUCCGCAGCCAUUACUCCAUUCUCAUUCCCACACUCAUCAUCAUAACAAUCACCAUCAUAGUCACCUUAAUCAUCAUCAAUCCACACAGCAGUCACCUUCCAGUCAUCAAAUAACAAACCUUCCUAUCCCCUCUCUUCCCAGCAUUGCCACACAUCCAUCUAUAACUCCUCAUCUUCCAAUAACCACUCAUUCGUCUUCAGUUGCUCAUCAUCCUAUCAAUACCCAUUCAAUAUCCACGCAACAAAUUCAACAUCACAAUAGUCUACCAACUAGCCAUCAUCAGAGUCACCUGCAGGUCAGCCACCCCAAUCAUGUGAUUAACCAAAGAUGUUCUCAACCAGUGAGCCAAUCCAAUAUUCAACUUCAACAGCAUUUGCAGCAUCAACAUCAGCAACAGCAGCAUCAACAACAACAGUUGGCAAAAAAAGCACAUUUAAUUGAGACUCAGUUGAAUUUGGACCAAAAUGGAGCAGUGAAACCUGAUAUCCACACACCAUUCAGAGACAAGAAAGAUGCAUGCAUUAGAUUGAUACGAUAUCACUGUUUGGACCAACCAGUUCUAUCGGAGAAAGAUUUGGAUAAAGCUGAUGAAAUUUUUGAAUUAACUGCCCAACACUUUAUUGGAAAAUUUGCUAAAAUGAAGGAUAAAUACAAAUAUUUGUUGAUGAAAGAAAGUAUGCAUUCAUAA